AUGCUUAGACCGAAGAUAAGAAGUUGGAUGGGAGGAGUUGGAGGAGAGGAGUUGGAUGGGAGGAGUUGGAUGGGAGGAGUUGGAUGGGAGGAGUUGGAUGGGAGGAGUUGGAUGGGAGGAGUUGGAUGGGAGGAGUUGGAUGGGAGGAGUUGGAUUGGAGGAGUUGGAUGGGAGGAGUUGGAUGGGAGGAGUUGGAUGGGAGGAGUUGGAGGAGAGGAGUUGGAUGGGAGGAGUUGGAUGGGAGGAGUUGGAUGGGAGGAGUUGGAUGGGAGGAGUUGGAUGGGAGGAGUUGGAUGGGAGGAGUUGGAGGAGAGGAGUUGGAUGGGAGGAGUUGGAGGAGAGGAGUUGGAUGGGUUUUGCUCACAGGUUGGCGAGGCUUGCAGAGAGUGGGAAGGAUGGCAGCGGCUGGGAUGGUAG